GAAAUUCAAAGCCCAUGGUGCAGUCAGCCUCAAACACCUGACUGCACUCCCCUCUCCCCAGCUUUCUUUCACAUUAAUUAAAAAAAAUUAUAUCAAAAAUAUCAUAAAGUAUAUGUAAUUGAAUUUGAUUUUAGUCACAAACCAACAUCUUCAAAAUGACGAGGAUUUUGACAGCUUGCAAGGUGGUGAAGGCCUUGAAGACUGGUUUUGGCUUUACCAAUGUGACGGCACAACAUCAAUGGAAAUUUUCAAGACCUGGCAUCAGGCUCCUUUCUGUCAAGGCGCAGACAGCACACAUUGUCCUGGAAGAUGGAACUAAGAUGAAAGGUUACUCCUUUGGCCAUCCAUCCUCUGUGGCUGGUGAAGUGGUUUUUAAUACUGGCCUGGGAGGGUACCCGGAAGCUAUCACUGACCCCGCCUACAAGGGACAGAUUCUCACCAUGGCCAAUCCUAUUAUUGGGAAUGGCGGAGCCCCUGACACUGCUGCACUGGAUGAACUGGGACUUAGCAAAUAUAUGGAGUCUGAUGGAAUUAAGGUUGCAGGUUUGCUGGUGCUGAAUUACAGUAAUGACUACAACCACUGGCUGGCUACCAAGAGUCUAGCACAAUGGCUACAGGAGGAAAAGGUCCCUGCAAUUUAUGGAGUGGAUACAAGAAUGCUGACUAAAAUAAUUCGGGAUAAGGGCACCAUGCUUGGGAAGAUUGAAUUUGAAGGUCAGUCUGUGGAUUUUGUGGAUCCAAAUAAGCAGAAUUUGAUUGCUGAGGUUUCAACCAAGGAUGUCAAGGUGUUCGGCAAAGGAAACCCCACUAAAGUGGUCGCUGUAGACUGUGGGAUAAAAAACAAUGUAAUCCGCCUAUUAGUAAAGCGAGGAGCUGAAGUGCAUUUAGUUCCCUGGAACCAUGAUUUCACCAAGAUGGAGUAUGACGGGCUUCUAAUUGCCGGAGGACCUGGGAACCCAGCUCUUGCACAACCACUAAUUCAGAAUGUCAAAAAGGUUUUGGAGAGUGACCGCAAGGAGCCAUUGUUUGGAAUCAGUACAGGAAAUUUAAUAACAGGAUUAGCUGCUGGUGCCAAAACCUACAAGAUGUCCAUGGCUAACAGAGGGCAGAAUCAGCCUGUUUUGAAUGUGACAAAUAGACAGGCUUUCAUUACUGCUCAGAAUCAUGGCUAUGCCCUGGACAACGCCCUUCCUGCUGGCUGGAAGCCACUUUUUGUGAAUGUCAAUGAUCAAACAAAUGAAGGGAUUAUGCAUGAGAGCAAACCCUUCUUCGGUGUGCAGUUCCACCCAGAGGUCAGCCCAGGACCAACAGACACGGAGUACCUGUUUGAUUCCUUUUUCUCACUGAUGAAGAAUAGGAAAGGUACAACCAUUACAUCAGUUCUACCAAAGCCAGCCCUAGUUGCAUCUCGAAUUGAGACCAUGUAUUCAGAGUCUGGAAACUUUUGUUUCUUUCAGGAAGAAAAUGUCAAAACAGUCCUGAUGAAUCCAAACAUUGCCUCAGUACAGACCAACGAAGUGGGCUUAAAGCAAGCAGAUGCUGUCUACUUUCUCCCCAUCACCCCUCAGUUUGUCACAGAGGUCAUCAAGGCAGAACGGCCAGAUGGGCUAAUUCUAGGCAUGGGUGGCCAGACAGCUCUUAACUGUGGAGUGGAAUUAUUCAAGAGAGGUGUGCUCAAGGAAUAUGGUGUGAAAGUCCUGGGGACCUCAGUUGAAUCCAUUAUGGCCACAGAAGACAGGCAACUGUUCUCGGACAAACUAAACGAGAUCAAUGAAAAGAUUGCUCCAAGCUUUGCAGUGGAAUCGGUAAGGAAUCUUUGUUCUGGAGUUUCCAAAGUCCUUAUCCUAGGAUCGGGAGGUCUGUCCAUUGGUCAAGCAGGUGAAUUUGAUUACUCGGGGUCUCAAGCUGUAAAAGCCAUGAAGGCCUUUGCUAUGACCAACCAGAUCCUGGUGGAGAGGUCAGUGACAGGAUGGAAAGAAAUAGAAUAUGAAGUGGUCCGAGAUUCUAAUGACAAUUGUGUCACUGUCUGCAACAUGGAAAAUGUGGAUGCAAUGGGUGUUCAUACAGGUGAUUCAGUUGUUGUGGCCCCUGCCCAGACACUCUCCAAUGCGGAGUUUCAGAUGUUGAGACGUACUUCAGUCAAUGUCGUUCGCCACUUGGGCAUUGUGGGUGAAUGCAACAUUCAAUUUGCCCUUCAUCCUACCUCAAUGGAAUACUGCAUCAUUGAAGUGAAUGCCAGACUGUCCCGAAGCUCUGCCUUGGCCUCAAAGGCCACUGGCUACCCAUUGGCAUUCAUUGCUGCAAAGAUUGCCCUAGGAAUUCCACUUCCAGAAAUCAAGAACGUUGUAUCAGGGAAGACAUCAGCCUGCUUUGAACCAAGCCUGGAUUACAUGGUGACUAAGAUUCCUCGCUGGGAUCUUGAUCGUUUUCAUGGAACAUCUAGUCGAAUUGGUAGCUCUAUGAAAAGUGUAGGAGAGGUCAUGGCUAUUGGUCGCACCUUUGAGGAGAGUUUCCAGAAGGCUUUACGGAUGUGCCACCCGUCUAUAAAUGGCUUCACUUCCCAACUCCCAAUGAACAAAGAUUGGCCAUCAAACCUAGAUCUCAGAAAAGAGCUGGCUGAGCCAUCCAGCACCCGCAUCUAUGCCAUUGCCAAGGCCUUGGAAGACAACAUGUCCCUUGAUGAGGUUAUGAAGCUCACAUACAUUGACAAGUGGUUUUUGUAUAAGAUGCGUGACAUUUUAAACAUGGAAAAGACACUGAAGGGGCUCAACAGUGACUCCAUUCCAGAAGAAACCCUGAGAAAGGCAAAGGAAAUUGGGUUCUCAGACAAGCAUAUUUCAAAAUGCCUCAGACUGACUGAGGCUCAGACAAGGGAACUGAGGUUAAAGAAAAACAUCCAUCCUUGGGUUAAACAGAUUGAUACCCUGGCUGCAGAAUACCCAUCAGUUACAAAUUACCUCUAUGUCACCUACAAUGGUCAGGAGCAUGAUAUCAAUUUUGAUGACCAUGGAAUGAUGGUGCUGGGUUGCGGUCCAUAUCACAUUGGCAGCAGUGUGGAAUUUGAUUGGUGUGCUGUCUCCAGUAUCCGCACACUGCGUCAACUUGGCAAGAAGACAGUGGUGGUGAAUUGCAACCCUGAGACUGUGAGCACAGACUUUGAUGAGUGUGACAAACUGUACUUUGAAGAGCUGUCUUUGGAGAGAAUCCUAGAUAUCUACCAUCAGGAGGCAUGUGGUGGUUGCAUCAUAUCGGUAGGAGGCCAGAUUCCAAACAACCUGGCAGUCCCUCUGUACAAGAAUGGUGUCAAGAUCAUGGGCACAAGCCCUCUGCAGAUCGACAGGGCUGAGGAUCGCUCCAUCUUCUCCGCCGUCUUGGAUGAGCUGAAGGUGGCUCAGGCACCCUGGAAAGCAGUGAACACUUUGAAUGAGGCAUUGGACUUUGCGAAGUCUGUGGGCUUCCCCUGCUUGUUGAGACCUUCCUAUGUUUUGAGUGGGUCUGCCAUGAAUGUGGUCUUCACCGAGGACGAGAUGAAAAGGUUCCUAGAGGAAGCCACUAGAGUCUCUCAGGAACACCCAGUGGUGCUGACGAAAUUUAUUGAGGGGGCCAGGGAAGUAGAAAUGGAUGCUGUCGGCAAAGAAGGAAGAGUUAUCUCUCAUGCUAUGUCUGAACACGUGGAAGACGCAGGUGUCCACUCAGGAGAUGCGACUCUGAUGCUGCCCACACAAACCAUCAGCCAAGGAGCCAUCGAAAAGGUGAAGGACGCUACCCGAAAGAUCGCAAAGGCUUUUGCCAUCUCUGGCCCAUUCAACGUCCAAUUUCUUGUCAAAGGAAACGAGGUCUUGGUGAUCGAGUGUAACCUGAGAGCGUCUCGGUCCUUCCCCUUUGUUUCCAAGACGCUGGGGGUAGACUUCAUUGAUGUGGCCACCAAGGUGAUGAUCGGGGAGAACAUUGAUGAGAAGCCUCUUCCAACACUGGAUCAUCCCAUCAUUCCUGCCGACUAUGUUGCAAUUAAGGCUCCAAUGUUCUCUUGGCCCCGGCUGAGGGAUGCUGACCCCAUUCUGCGAUGUGAGAUGGCUUCCACUGGAGAGGUGGCUUGCUUUGGUGAAGGUAUCCAUUCAGCUUUCCUAAAGGCAAUGCUUUCCACAGGAUUUAAGAUACCCCAGAAAGGCAUCCUGAUUGGAAUACAGGUAGGCGGUGUGUGGUUGUGUGCAUGCCUGUGGGUCAUGCUGGAAUGGCUGUGGGAACGGUCCUCAAUUGUGGUAUAUAAGAGGGGAGACCUGCAAGUUUUUGUUCAUUUUGUUUAUUCUGCCAGGCUGAUCAGAGACGGCAGCAUUGACCUGGUGAUUAACCUCCCCAACAACAACACCAAGUUUGUCCAUGAUAAUUAUGUGAUUCGGAGGACAGCUGUUGACAGCGGAAUUGCUCUCCUCACUAAUUUCCAGGUGACCAAACUUUUUGCUGAAGCUGUGCAGAAAUCUCGCAGUGUGGACUCCAAGAGUCUUUUCCACUACAGGCAGUACAGUGCUGGAAAAGCGGCAUAGAGAAAUGCAUGCCUCAACUCCAUCCUUAAACCAACCUAAGCCACAUUUUAUCUGAAGGAAUUGACUCUCAACUUUCUUUCCCAGAGACAAAAAUUGAUACCAAACCUUACUUCAGUUUACUCACUUACACCUUAAUGUUCUUUUCUUUCACAGUUAAAUUGUUGUCAGUCACUUUUAAAAACCUUACACAGGGAGCCCUUCCAAAGUAACUUGUUCUUCCUGAGAAUUCAUCUCUGUACUAGUGCCUUAUAUUUGGUGGACAAAGCUUACCCGCGUGCUUACUUGCAGCUAACUCACAUUUUAUGGUGCUGGUUAAUGAUAAUCAAAGUAGAAAAAGCUGUUGCUUUAUCUUCUGAAGUCUUUCUUUAUAUAUACUUCCCAGACACUAUUGCCACCGUUUUUAAAUAGCACCUGCCACACUCAGGACACUUGAA